ACACUGCUACAGAAUUGAACGGAUGCAUCUUUCUUUCUCUUUCCACACAGAAACUCAAUACAGAGCUAAACUGAGACCGUUUUAUGAAGAGACACCAUUUCAGUUCACGUCAGGCAUAUUAUCGUGCCGGCCGUCUGUAGGGGACAGUGCAGAACUGGGAGGCUGCAGAAGACAGUGAAGGAAGAAGGCAGAGUCUUGUAUUCUGAGCUAGAAAAGCCUGGCAAAGCAAAAUACUCCUGGAGACCAAAUGGAAGACGAAGAAGCCGUCUGUGGCUGGCGCAGCUGUGAGCAGCCCGAGCUGAGGUUCAUCCUUGUCGGCAAAACCGGAGCAGGGAAAAGUGCCACAGGCAACACCCUCCUGGGCCGGAUUGUGUUCGAGUCCAAGCUGGGGGCACAGACCGUGACCAGGACGUGCAGGAACGGCAGAGCAGCCUGGAAUGGGAAGCAUCUCCUUGUCACUGACACCGCGGACAUUUUCGAUCUAGAUGGCCGCAGCACAGAGGCCUCCAGAGAAAUCGCUCGCUGCCUCCUGCUCUCCGCCCCGGGCCCCCACGCCCUGGUGCUGGUGACCCAGCUGGGCCGCUACACGGAGGAGGACCAGGCGGCUGCAAGGCGAGUGCAAGAGAUUUUUGGAGGCCAGGCCAUGAAGUUCAUGAUUGUCCUCUUCACCCGGAAGGAGGACUUAGGGGGCAGCUCCCUGACAGAGUACGUGCGCUACUCGGAGAACAGGGACCUGCGCAGCCUGAUCCAACAGUGUGGAGACCGAUACUGCGCUUUCAACAACAAAGCAGCAGGAGCGGAGCAGGCCGUGCAGGUGAGAGAGCUGGUCGAGAUGGUGGAGAGGAUGGUGCAGGAGAACGGAAACACUCAUUACACCAGUAAGCUGUAUGCCAGGGCAGAGCUGCUCCUCCAUUCUGAAAUGGGAGGCCUGGAGGAGAAGUGCCAAAUCCUUGGGAAAGAGGUGAAAGAGCACCUGGGAAAACAAAGGGACAGGGCAGCAGUUCUGCCUUAUGGGGUAUGCAGAGCACUAAGGGUAGCGUGCUGUUGUAUGUGGACAUCUUGCUGUUUUAUGUUUACAUGGAUUGUUAUAAAAUGUAUAACAGUUGUAAAAUAUAUGUUAAAUAUAGUGAGGAGAGGAUGGAGGGGGAUUGUUUCAUGGUAUGAUGCCUGGUUCAGUUAAGAGUGAUCAGCCUAGCUCAUGGGAUUCUUGUAACAGCAUGUAGUUAAUUAAUAUUCAUGCACAGAAUACCAUUGCAUUGUAGCCCUCUGACUUCCACUGCCCUAUAUCACAGCAUCUCCUUGAACCUCACAGUUGGAUAAGAUAAAUAAAAACAGUGUGAAUAGAUUCAA